AUGGUUCUUGAGCUCAUCCCAGGAAAAUUAAGCGAUAAAGGAAGUGAGAUACGACAGAAAUCCGUAACUUUGAUAGCAAAAUAUUUGGAUGGCGAAGGCAGUGAAAAAGGAUUAAAGCUUGCCGAAGAAAUAGAAGAAGCAAUUUAUAGCGAAUUUGGGGAUCCAAAUGAUCACAAAUAUCGCUCACGAAUUCGAUCACGAUUUGCCAAAAUGACGCCCGAAGAGAUGGCAACACCAGAGCUGCGAGAGUUACGUGAUAAAUUGGCAGGCGAAGCACUGGAGCAACAUAUGCUUCCACAGCUAGAAGUCCCCGGCAACGAUAAUUACAAGAAAAGCGAAAAUGCUGUGUGA